UCUAGCUCAGGUUGCAAGUGGUGAAUGGUCACCCAUCGUUCGGCCACGGUUUUGCUCCUGGAUCUGGAUGCGAGCGUCAUUUCAAUGAUUCCACACUGUGGCCAGUGUCUGUGUUGUGUUAACUUCAUGGGAUAGACUAUGCUGCGUCUUGGCAGUAGAAUCUUCAGCUGCUGCUAGUCUGGUUGAUCGAAAAAUGUAGUCAUUCUGUGCUGUGUUUAGUUUAUUGUUCUGGUCCUAGACGCAGACCAGCAAUUCUGUGAGAAGAUGUUGAGCCGAAUAAUGAGUGGCAGCAUCAGGAAUCUGGAUAGAGAAUAUGACUGCACCGUCAGACUCCUGGAUGAUACGGAAUACACAUGCACAAUUCAGCGGGAUGCUAAAGGACAGUAUCUGUUCGACCUCAUCUGCCACCACCUGAAUCUGCUGGAGAAGGACUACUUCGGCAUCAGAUAUGUGGACCCAGACAAGCAGCGGCAUUGGUUGGAGGUCACAAAGUGUAUUGCCAAGCAGAUGAAAUCCCAGCCUCCAUUCACCAUGUGUCUCAGAGUCAAGUUUUACCCCCCUGACCCCGCUGCUCUCAAAGAGGAAAUCACCAGAUAUUUAGUCUUCCUGCAGAUCAAGAGAGAUCUGUAUCAUGGCCGCCUCCUGUGUAAGACGACGGAUGCUGCCAUGCUGGCUGCCUUCAUCCUGCAAGCUGAGAUUGGGGACUAUGACCCUGGGAAGCAUCCUGAAGGAUACAGUUCUAAAUUCCAGUUCUUCCCAAAACAUUCAGAGAAGCUGGAGCGACGAAUCUCAGACAUACACAAGACAGAACUGAUUGGCCAGACACCUGACACAUCAGAGCUGAAUUUUCUCCAGAAAGCCCAGAUGCUGGAGACAUAUGGUGUGGAUCCUCAUCCAUGCAAGGAUGUGUCUGGAAAUCCAGCCUUUCUUGCCUUCACCCCAUUCGGAUUUGUCGUGCUUCAGGGAAACAAGAGGGUUCAUUUUCUCAAGUGGAACGAGGUGACCAAACUGAAGUUCGAGGGAAAGAUAUUCCAUAUAUAUGCAAAUCAGAAGGAGGACAAAAAGAUCAUCUUGACGUACUUUGCACCAACACCUGAGGCCUGCAAGCACCUGUGGAAAUGUGGAGUGGAGAACCAAGCCUUCUACAAGCUGGAGAAGUCGAGUCAGGUGAGGACAGUAUCCAGCAGCAACUUGUUCUUCAAGGGGAGUCGUUUCCGCUACAGUGGACGAGUGGCGAAAGAAGUGAUGGAGCAGAGUGCCAAAAUCAAACGAGAGCCUCCAGAAAUACACAGGGCUGGCCUGGUUCCCAGUAGAAGCUGUCCGUCCAUCACUCACGGGCCGCGCCUCACCAGUGUUCCACGCACCCGCCGGAGAGCCGUCCACAUUUCCAUCAUGGAGGGUCUGGAGUCGUUGCGUGACAGUGCCCACUCUACACCUGUGCGCUCUGUGUCCCAUGGGGACUCCUUCAUGCCACGCUCCCGCAGUCUAGCCAGGGACGCCAGCGAGGGCUCGGCGGUGAUCUCUGACGAGGCCUACAGCCCCUCUGACAGCAUGCUGCCUACCCCUGUGGCAGAACACAGCCUGGAGUUGACCGUGGCACGCCAGGUCAACGGAGCCCCCUGCAGCAUCAAGGAGGAGAAGGAGUCGGAGGCAGGCACCCCCUCGGUGGGGGAUGCUGGCGACUUGUCAGACAGUAGAGCGACGGUUGAGGGUGCAGAGGGAGCCUCGCCGCUCAGCGAAGUGGAACAGGUGAAUACGUUUGUUUUAAGUGUCCUCCGUUUGCUUCUUGUGACCAUUGGACUCCUCUUUGUCUUGCUCUUCCUCCUCAUCGUCCUCACUGAAUCCGACCUUGACGUUGCAUUUUUACGUGAUAUCCGCCAGACCCCCGAAUUUGAGCAGUUCCAUUACGAAUACUUUUGUCCCCUCAGGCGGUGGUUUGCCUGCAAGCUCCGCUGGGCGGGCAGUUUGCUCAUUAACAAAUGAGAGAGGGCAUGAGGCCGUAGAGUGCGUAAGCCCAUUCGGGGUUAGAGAAGACGAUUAAAGCUCCGGAGAGAUGGAGGGCAGCCCCUUUCCAACCAUGAACCCAGCUUCUCUCAUGAUACUCCUGGAAUCACUGUGCCAGGAGUUUCUCUCUCUCCCUCCAUUUUGAGUUACUCCCCCCCUUUUCCCCUUUACCGUUCAUUUGUUUUUUACAAACCCAGAAGACAUGUUUUUUUUAUUUUUAAUUUCAGGUCAUUUCAGCUAUUUUAUUUUUUCAAAAAAUAUAAACGAAAAAAUAAGAAACUGAAAUUAAAGAACUGAAGUAUUUUUUAACAGGAACAAGACAUUUUGUUGCAACGAAUGAAUGAAUGUUGCCUACAUUUACUAUGUAUUGUUUGGAAAAUAAAUUGCAUUUGCAUAGGGGAAGAAUGUGAUGCAAGGAUAUCAGGGAAGCCACCAAGUCAUGGAAAUGGUUCAGAAUGAAGUGAAAUAAAUAAAGCUUUGAAAAGUGUUCAGUGAAGUAGACA